AUGCCGCGAUCCAUCCACGAGUGGCGGCAUUGGUCCAUCGGCGAUGUGAUCGCAGGUACCACCAUCGCUGUCACCAGUCUCCCGCAGUAUAUCGCCUAUGCAGAGCUUGCAGGACUUUCAGGCUAUCGAGGCAUCGCAGCUUCCGGGCCGCCCUUGGUGUUCUUUGCCUUCCUGACGGGAAACCCAUGUCUCAGCAUCGGCGUGACUUCGAUCACGGCACUCAUGGCGAUCUCAGACCUCAAAGGAGGGGAGUACAAGGAGCUCUACGGUGAGGAGGCCUGGGAGAAUGUCCUUGGCAUGUACUCCGUGAUGGUCGGCGUCGCCUCUGUAGUGCUCGCGAUGCUGGGCGCUGCACAGUUGGUGAAGCACAUCCCGGGACCUGUGAAGGCAGGCUGGAAGCUCGGCUUCGCACUUUGUGCAUUCGGAGCCCAAGCCCCCAGUGCUGCCUUUGCCCAUGCAGCGACACUAAAGCGCAUCUGCACCCUGCCGCAUCUCCACGGUUCCCCACUCCAAGGCGGCGCAGCCACCAUGUAUCGUUUGGGAUGGACUUUAACGCAUCCACACUACUGGGAUGCGGAAGCGGUCCUCUUCUCCGUGAUGACGCUGCUGAUCGUC